AGUUCGCAGUUCAGUCGACAAGCGACCGCCGUGGACAAGAGUACGCCAGCAACCUCAGCGCAGCGCACGGACACAUCUGACCUAGCUAUAGCCCACCAGCAGAUAUACCUACACACUCAGUAUAUUUUAAAAUCCGAAGCGCGCGAGGGCGUCACAAGUAUUUCACAGAUAUAUAGACAUAGAUAUAGCCGCCGAUCGGGCAGUGAACAUACUUAUAGAUAGCCAAAGCGGUGGUUAUUCUGUUCAUCUUAUUUUAUUGUGACAACCGCGACAAGUGUUUAAAAAUAGUUGCCCAGCUGAAACUCCCCCGCCUGCAAGUAAACUAAGCUAGAAAGAAGGAAAAACCAGCAGCAAUAUGGUCGAGACCGUGGUCACUGUCGAGCGCACAACAACAACGUCCACGAGCGGACCGCCCGGCGGGGCGAACCCGACCGUUGGCGGCGAUGGCGGCUUCUGGAGCGCCAUCCGCCUCAACAUCGACUAUUUCCGCACCAUUCCGGGCAUUAUCAAACUCGUCCAGUUCGUGCUGGGCAUCAUCUGCAUGGCUCUGGCGGCCCCUCCCCUAACCUCAGCCACCUCCUUCUUCAUGUUCGUCAUCGUUAUUUCGUUUAUUAUCACCAUUCUGCUCAUCGCCGCCUACUUCCUGGGCAUUCGGGAGGCCUCCAACGUCGCUGUCAAUUGGAUAUUCUCGGAACUGAUCACCACCGCCGUGCUGACGCUGCUCUACUUCAUUGGAUUCAUCGUGCAGCUGGCCAGGUGGUCGGAUGCCACAGGCAAGGGUUCCGGUUCCAACACUGCCGCCGGAGUCUUUGGCCUCUUCAAUUUCCUAGCCUACGCGGCGGGCACGUACUUCCUGUUCCUCGCCCACAGAUCCGGAGCCACACACUAAGUCCACCCCAACUCAAUGCUGGAUCUAAGCCUAGUUUAAUUUCUAAUUGUUUACAAAUUAAGUGCAGUUCGCGUCUAUGUUACUUUGUCUCUUUUUUUUUGGGGGGCCAUCAUAUUUUGGUCUUUUGUUAAUUUAUACGAAAGCGACGCAGGACGUGCGUUCAGCUGGAUGGAAGGUGUAGCCUUUCUCGACCUGAUGUGUUUUUAAUGUUACUUUAAAUGUCUAACUAACGUCUAAGCUAAAACCCACCCGCACACAAACACAUCUGCGUAAACGAGUAGGGUGGGAGGCCCAAUGAAACAGAAUUCUACUUCAAAAUACACAUAGUCCAUCAGGUCUUGUAUACAAUGUUGUGUUUCUACGAUUUCUUUAAAACACAUUUUGUUUUCGAUUUGUUUUGAGAUAAAAUAUGCAGAUAUUAAAACAAUUAUGAUUGAAUAAAUUUCGUUGAAGACUACACUUUCUAUUGUUCAGUCUCUGCUUGGAGAAAGCUUGACAUUUUUAAAAUCUUGGUGAAAAGCGGCCCACCCUAGUCACGACACACACUUGCACCAAAUACAAGAGCGCAACAAAGAUUUAAGUUGAAUAAAUUAUUUGUAUUUUCUCAA